AUGGGGAAAUAUAGACUCUACGCAGACGGUGCACAACAAUCACCACAGCCCGGUGACGAAACCAGCACUCUGGAAAAGGGCACACCUUUCGACAAUUUUGUCACUUUGCUUCAGGACCAAGUCCUCAUCCUGACAAGCAAGCCUGACUCCAACAAUACCUCCAAAGUCGACAGCGAUGAUAACAUUAUUCAAUGGUUCAAACGUAUCGACGAAGCGCCCGACAUAUCCGUCACUUUCACCGGUGCCCAGACCCCUCAAACUCCCAAAAGCUUUCAGAUCAAUCUAGUAACACCAUGGGCGAUGCAAUUCACUUCCACCGUAGACGAUCUCCAACAGGCAUUUCCAGGAACAUAUGGGCAACUGUCGGAGGGAGGUCUCGCCACUGACGGUAAAUGGCUUGUAUGUGCUUUGUCCAAGACAAUGCAGCCCUGGAGCACAACCGUCACGGAGCUCUUUGACUGCGCCUGUAUUCCCGGCAGGAAAGACUUCGUUCCAAAGGCCCUUCUGGGCCUGGCUGUGACACUCCAGCAGAACAAUGGCACUCGGAAUGCAAUUUGGUUCGGACCGUCCAGCACCUCUCCGCAGACCGUCAUACGCCUCCAGUUCAAAGUCGACGCGAUAUCUGAGCUGCAAAAUCUGAUUGGAGGUAUUCUCAAGGGACUCACAGUCGAGUCAGCAGACGUUAUCUGCAAGCAGGAUUGGGCUCUUGCUGAGACUACUGAUGGCAAGAAAGCGGUUGGUGCUGGCAAUGUCAUGUUCACCACCAGCUGUUCCAUCUUGACCGGUGAUACUACGACACCAAAGGUCCUUUUCAACACUGCCAUUGAGAUCUCAGAAACGGCAAUGACUUUGACAUUCAUCAUUCAAUCACCCAAGAAAGGCACCACACCUCAAGGCGCUUCGACGGCCUCUGACGAUAUCAAAACGCCAGGGUUUCUGGCUAUCGUCGAGUGGCUUUCCGGCCUUGUGUCAGAGGAUCUCAAAGGUUUCAUGACUGAGGUUUUGAUGAAGGAUAGCAUUGCUUCUCAGAUAUGUCUGAGACGAUUAGUUGUUAUACUCGAUACAACGGGAAAAUCUGGUCCAGUUCUUGACUACGUCAGCCUUGAUGUGGAGAUAUCGACGACUGCUUUUGGUCAACCCCCAGACGAGCAGCAGAAGCAGCCAAUCUUGUUCCUGCUAUCUUACACAUGGAGCAAACGCAAUGGAGGAGCAGGAACAAUUAAAGGAUCGUUUUGGAAUGAAUUUGCUCCACCGACACCAUGGAGUCUCGCUCCUCUGCUGGAGGACUGGGAAGUUUUGACUCCAGAGACAGAGCUUCAACCUGCCAAAGUCAUUGAUCUUCGCUACAUUAUCCCCGGGAAGACAAUCGACAGUAUUCCCGACACUAUACCGUCGCAGAUCAGUCGAGCAUAUCUCAGUCUCUCAAAGACAGACUUCGCGCUUGGAGGGACUAUCAAGGCUGCAGAUAAGUCUGACGAGCAAGCCGCCAAAGCCUCCGUACCCCAGCCCUACCUGGGUGAGGUCCAACUAGACGCAUCAUACAGCUGGGAAAAGAAGUCCGAAAUUUCUCUGGAGCUGGGAAUUGUCGCUGGGCUGAGCGCCAGUGCAUCAUCCCCACCUGAACUUGACACUGCGGCGACUCUGACCGGUAGCUUGAAGUACAAGUCCACAAAGACGAAGGGUGAUCCUACUGUGAAGGACACUAGCACCAAAGACACAACUGAUGCUUCUUCAGGCACUGGUGCUGUCGUGUCUAGUGGCCAAGAUAGUGGUGGUUUAGUCGCGAAAGACGGUGACGGUGACUCGAGAGAAUGGGAACUCAGCGCAACUCUUGAGAAUCUCUUUGCGGCUUCCUUGGUUGAGUUCUUCGACCCUGAUGUUGGCAAACAUGUCAUCCCGUUGAUUGAAUCAAUCGUCAUCGAUCAUCUCGACGUCACAUACAAAUACUCAAAGACAGGAGACAAGGCUUCUGCUAGCGAGUUUACCAUCGAUGGAAGCAUCCGCGUCGCCUCUAUUGUACUCAAGCUUGACUUCUGGCAUAAAGGUUCUGGCAACUGGGGCUUCAGCACAACUCUCAAUCCCCAGGACGAAGAGUGCACACUGGGUGACGUGAUUCACUCCAUGCUCAGUGAUACCGCUGAGUUGGAUCUACCCCCAUUCGUUGCCGAAAUGAAGUUGGUGGCAAAGGGCUCGGAUGUGCUUGGGCUUCGCGUUGGGGAAAACACGCCGCCUGCUAAGGAAGAUGAUGAUAAGUCAACUGCAGUUGUAGGUCCAGCAUCAGGUACAGGCGGCUCAGAUGAAAAGGCUGCAGAUCCUGUCAAGUUCUUCUACCUGAUCGCAUCGAUCAAUAUCGGUAAACUGGGAUUCACAUUUGCCCAGAUUCACAGUUCUGAUUGGGAAUCCAAAGCACCGUCGAAACGUUUGUUCAGAGCCAAGGUUGACCUUACAAUACUACCUACAAUUCAUGUUGACCUAAUCGGAGAUCUCAAACUCCCGCUGGAUGACAUGUACUACAUCUGGUCACAGGACAAGGGUCUUCCUCAGCCCGAAGACUCCAAGACAGAGCCUCGCAAGGGAGGGUUCACUCGCGCUGAUCUAGAGCAGUUGAACAGUAUCAAGCCUUUUGAUGGCGACACCAUAUUGGUAAAGGACAAGUUCAGCAAGAAAGACCCUGCCGAUCUCAUGAUAGCGGCAGGAUCUUACUUUGGUAUCAUUGGUGUUGACUCGUCAGGCGAGAAGUCUUGUAUCCUGGGCUAUGACUUCAAGGGCUCUGGCAAGAAGUCAGGAGAGUCUGAUGACACACCAGAAAGCGUUGAAGGCCCUCCCACAAAUAAAGAUGCUGCUGGAGAGAAGCCGAAGUCGCCUGAUGGAGAGAAAGAUUCAGGCCCAGACAACCCAAGUGCUCAUGCUCCUCUCAAGAAGAAAGCCGGCCCGUUGUCGGUCAGUAAUGUCGGUCUCAAGUACAAGGGCGAGACUCUCAGCGUCAUUUUGGAUGCUAGCUUUGAUCUGGGCCCCUUGGCUUUCGAAUUGCUCGGCUUCAGCAUCGAUCUAAAGAUCAAGACGCUUGAUAGUCUCAAGGAUGUUGGUGUGAGCUUCACUCUUGAUGGCAUGUCAGCGGCCUUUGACAAGCCUCCAUUGACCAUCGCUGGUACUUUCCGCCGUGGAAAGACUGCCGAUAUCAAAUACUACGCCGGUGGCCUCAUUAUAAGCUACAUACCGUACCAGUUCAUGGCUGCAGGGUUCUACGGAGAGGUGAAGAAGGAAGGAGAGGAAACAUAUACCUCUGUCUUUGUCUUUGCCAAGCUGGACGGUCCACUCGUGUCGCUCGGCUUUGCCGAUAUCACAGGCCUCACUGGAGGAUUUGGGUAUAAUUCUUCGGCACGUAUGCCUGCAAUCGAAGAUGUCGUCAAGUAUCCCCUUGUCGCACCCAUCAGUCUCAAGGACGCCAAUAGCGCGCUUGAGGCAUUGAAGACUUUGACGGACCCGGGACAGGGAGGCUGGUUCUCGCCCGCGAAGAAGACAUACUGGGCCGCGGCGGGUCUCAAGGUCGAUGCAUUCCAGAUGGUCUCCAUCGACGCUGUGGUGUUAGUGCAGUUUGGCAAUGGGUCGGUCAAGCUCGCCAUCUUCGCCGUCGCAGUUGCGGAUAUCCCCUCUGCCAAAGCACCUGUUAAACUCGCACAUGUCGAGCUCGGAAUGGCUCUCACUGUUGACCCGGACUACGGUCUGCUCAAGGUCGAAGCCCAGCUUGCCCCUGGAUCCUACAUUCUGGCAGAAGACUGUCAUCUCACUGGCGGUAUGGCGCUUGUCUAUUGGUUUGACGGUCCCCAUGCCGACAAGAGCCGAGUUGGCGAUUUUGUUUUCACUCUCGGAGGCUACCAUGAGGCUAUGGUUGUGCCUCCGGGCUGGCCUAAUCCGCCACGACUUGGGAUCAGCUGGAGUCUAGGCUCUCAUCUCAGUGUCUCGGGACAGGCCUACUUUGCGGUGACCCCAAAGGUCUGCAUGGCAGGAGCCCGUCUUCAUGCUAGUUUCUCCGCUGGGCCUAUUUCGGCUUGGUUUGAUGCCUUUGCCGAUUUUCUCAUCAACUACAAGCCGUUCCACUUCAUCGGUCAUGUCAGUAUCGCUGUGGGUGUCAGUUUCAACAUUGACUUCCUCUUUAUCCACACGCACAUUUCAGUCGAGAUCGGCGCUGAACUCACUCUCUGGGGUCCGCCGCUGGCUGGAACAGUCCACGUGGAUCUAUGGGUUGCUUCAUUCAGCAUCGACUUUGGUGCUGCACAGGGCAGUGUCGAGGACGUUAACCUAUACCAAUUCUACCUGCUUGUACUCCCGGCAAGUCUGCGCCAAGUUUCCGGCCUCAAUCCAGAUCAGGAAAAGGCCAAAGCUCCCCGUCCUGCCAACGAGGGUCACAAUUUCGUUGCAACAUCUGGACUGAUCAACAACGACGAAGAUCCAAAGAAGCCGAAGAAUGCACCAUGGGUCGUCAAAGGUGGUCUCUUUUGCUUUGUUGCCGAGUGUAAGAUGCCUGUUAGUAACGUUCAACUCGUCACUGGUAAAGAUGGACAUGGGGGUGAGACAACGACGCCAGUCAAGUUCAAAAACCCCGAUGGAUCUGUCACGUCUCCGCCAGAAAUUUAUAGUAAGCCGAUGCUGCUGAGUGAUCCUAUGAUGUCUACUUUUGCUAUUGAGUAUACCCAAGCCGGUGUCGAUGCAGAUGAGACGAACUGGCAAAUGGAAAUGGUAUGGAAUGCUAUGCCGACGGGACUUUGGGCACAGUAUCAAUCGAGCACCGAUCCAUCCCUGCCUAGCACUGGCACGGGUCAGCUCCUAGACCAAAAGUCCGGUUCUACCCCCUUGAUGAUGGGUCUUCGUGUCAUUGCACCCAAGCCCACUCUUUCUCAAGAUCCCUACCCAGUAUUCGAUGUCGCAGAUGCCAGCCUCGUCGAGCUGACUGCAGAACGACACUUUGAGAAACCCAAGGACUCCAAUGCAAAACUGUUUGCACCGCAACCAUCGUUCGAGGAUCAGUUACCACCUGAGCCUAAGCCGACAGAUGAAGCUAUUCAAAAAGCAAUCAAAGAUCAAUACGAGGCCGUAUUGCAAGCUUGGAAGGCACCGGCGUUGGAAGCAACGGAUGUGAAGACAUUUGUGAAUCUGUGGGAGAGUUCUCUCAAGUGGGAUGUUGCUGCUGGAUUCAACAGUGGCUCUACUGGUGGUUUAGCUGAUAUUGCGGCAAUUCCAGAGAAGAUGAAGGACCAAUUCAUGGAUUUGUAUAUGGCUCCUCCGCUGCUUUCCGCUGCGGUAGUUGCUUGA